AUGGCUGCAAAAAGCAAAACGCUGGUAAAAUUAAAACCCAUCGUUGGUCGGCAAGAUGAGAAAAAAGUGAUUAACGUUACAAAAAAUAAUCCUCCUGUUUUUUCCAAUAAUCAACAAGUAUCAGAACCGAUUGCAGUCAAUACAGCUGAAUUUACUCGACUCACUGUUGGAGAUUUUACACGAGAUUUUUCUCAACAAACGUCACGACUUUUUAGAAUUUUCAUUAGUUCAACAUUUUCGGAUUUUAAAGUUGAACGCAAUGAACUCUAUCGACGAGUAUUUCCAUCAAUCAAACAACGAUGUGCACAACUUGGUUAUGAAUUUCAAGUUGUUGACAUGAGAUGGGGUGUCUCCGAUACAGCAGAUAGUGAUCAUACAGCUGAUAUAAUAUGUAUGGAUGAAAUCGAUCGAUGUAUUAAUCUGUCAGCUGGUCUGAAUUUUAUUUAUUUAAUUGGUAAUCGUUAUGGUUAUAUGUAUGUGCCAAUUGAUAUCGAUGAAGAUGAAUUUGAGGCAAUUCUUGCAGUUGCCAAUGAAGCCAACAUACCAAAUACUGAUCUUUUAAAAAAAUGGUUUCAACUUGAUAAGAAUUCAUCUCCAUCAAAAUAUGUUUAUGUUCCAAUUACAACUCAUUUUAAACGUUUUGAAGAAAAAUCCAAGGAACAACAACAAGAAAAACAACAAUGGCAAAUAGAAGAAAAGUCUCUAUUGAAAGCCUUGCGAGAAGCUGUUGAUUUAGCAUAUCAAAAGAAAAAAAUAUCUAAUCAACAAGCUACGAUCUAUUUUCAAUCAAUUACUGAACGAGAAAUACGCCGAGCAACAACAGAAACAAAUCGUUCGAAUGUUAUUGGUAUUGUUCGUGAUUUUUCAAAUCCAACAAUUGAAACGAGUGUUGACGAAAAAUUUUUUGAUUCAGUAAAAAACGAACGUAUUAUUAAUUCAAUAAAUCAAUUGAAAACAUACUGUGCCAAAAUAACACCCGUAAAACAAUUUAGAAAUUUUACUGUACCAUGGAAAUCUGGUGGCAUAGAUAUAAAAGAAGAAACAUCUCAUAGACAAUAUAUCGAUGAAUUGUGUACAUUUCUAACAUCAACUAUAAUGACAUUAGUUGAAAAUACUUGUCGUAUUAUGUUAAAUAAAACUCUUUCAACAUUUCAUGAAGAUCUUCUUCAUCAUGCAACAUUUGCUCAGGAGAAAACAAAAUUUUUUUUCGGUAGAGAAGAACUUCUGGAAAGUGUUCAUUCACGUAUUGAAUUAAAUCGUCGAAAUACAUCAACACCUAUUGCUUUUGUUGCUGAAUCGGGUUGUGGGAAAACAUCAUUUAUGGCACGUUUAGCUAAAGAAUUACGUAUUUGGUAUCCCGGAAGUGCUGUAUUUAUACGAUUUCUGGGUACAUCAGCACCAUCCACAAGUAUUGAAUUAGUCAUACGUUCUUUAUGUACACAAUUGGCAACAUUAUAUGGCCAUAAUGAUGAUGGCAAAAAUAAUAGUGAUAGCGAUGAAGAUAAUGAAUCUUCAACAUUUUCGUCCCUCGUUCGAAAAUUUCAUGAUAGAUUGAAAUUAGUAUCAAAAAAGCGUUCGAAAAUUAUUCGUAAGGAAGUUCGGCCAAAACCAUUAUUUAUUUUAUUGGAUGCUUUUGAUCAACUCGAAGAUACAUCUAAAUAUUCAUUUCAAUUUAAUUCAUGGUUAUUACGUUUUCUACCACGUGAUGUUCAUAUAUUUAUGUCAUUUAUACCAAAUAUUGAACGUUUUAAUAUAAAAGAUUUAUUUUUACAAUUUAUGCGCAAUGAUGAUUCAACAUUAUUUACUGUACCGCGUCUUCGUCCGAAUGAUUGUGAAGAUAUAAUUCGAAGUUCUUUACAAGUACAUAAUCGACAGUUAACAUCCGAACAAUAUAUAUAUUUAUUAACAACUGUAGAACAAAAUCCAAAACCUUUAUAUUUAAAAUUAUUAAUAGAUAUUGCAAGACGAUGGACAUAUUUUCCAAAACAAUCAACACAAACAACUUUAUCAUUACCUGAAACAAUUGAAGAUGCUGUCGAACAAUUAUUUGCUCGUCUAGAAAAUCGUCAUGGUAAAGAAUUUGUUCAAUAUUCACUUGCCUAUUUAGUUUAUGGUUUAAAUGGUAUAUCAGAAAGUGAAUUAGAAGAUUGUCUAUCAAUAAAUGAUACUGUUCUAAACGAAAUCUAUGCACAUCAUGAUCCACCUAUUCCAAAUGCAAUUCAUGUUCCAUCACUUCUUUGUCAAUCAUUACUCUAUUCGAUAAAAGAAUAUUUAAGUCGUAAACGUAUUCAUGAUAAACAUAUUCUAUCGUUUUAUCAUCGAAAAUUUUCUGAAUCAACAAGAAAACGUUAUAAACAUUUACGUGAACAAUGCCAUGAACAUCUUAUUGAAGUCUAUUGUAAUGAUCAAUCAUCAUAUAAACGUACAAUAGUAUUAAAACAACGAAAUAAUAAAAUUAUCGACGAUGCUGAUCGUCUGAUUAAUUCUCAAAUAACAAAUAAACUUAAUAAAAGAAAAUUAAUAGCACUUCCCUAUCACUGCUUAGAAUUUGGCACAGAAAAAGAUCAUUUAUUACGAUCAAUAUGUUUAUUUAAUUUAAAUUUUCUUUCAUGCCAAUUACAAAGUCUUGGUCAUACAAUAUUUCUUGAUUCGAUUCGAUAUUGUUUACGUUUACGAAAGGAUUGGGUUGAUUUAAAACGUCUUUAUCGAGCUGUAUGGUCAAUUGAUGAUGAAUCUAUCAAAGAUGCUGAUGUUUCAUUGAUACUCUCUGAACAAAUACUUGGUUUUAUUGACGAUUAUCAUACAAGUCAAUUAUAUGAUGAAUUAAAUGAUUCCGAUAAAAAUAAUGAUCUUGAAAAACUUCUGAUCGAUUGUCGAAAAUACUGUGAUGAACAUGAUAAUUCUUUUCGUUCUGUAUAUGCUGGUUUCCCACAAGAAACAGGUGCAUUAGCAUGGAGUUUUUCACCUAUAACACAUGUUUUAUUUCUAAAUGAAUUUUACACACUUGUUGUUCUUGGUAGAUAUCAAGAUGACGAUAAAAAUCAUUUUAUUGAAACGUAUACAGUUGCUAUGAUUAAUAUGCAAACAGGAAAAGUCGAUAAAAUAGUUUUGGGUGAAAAUUUUAAUAAAAUUUGGGAUGGAUAUAUAACUAAAAAUGGAAAUAAAGUAUAUCUAUUUGGAGUUGAAGGUGUAAAAACAUUUAGUAGUCGAACAGGUGACAUGCUAAGUGAAAGAACAUUAUCAUGGGAUAACAAAUCGUUUUGUAAUAAAGCUUAUUGUAUGACAACUAAUGAAGAGUGUUUAGUGGUGGCCAAUGAAUUUCGUGUUAUAGCGCUGGACGAAGUUGAUGAGGACGCAAUUUAUCGAAGUAGUCGCAUACCAAUAAAAGCUGCAUCGUUACAAAUAGAAAACAGUGCAAAUGUUGAUGUUUGUGUGAGAUUUGUUGGUGCUAACGAUGAUUAUAUUCUUUGUCUAAUAUUUGAUGAGAAUGAUCAUGUACUUAUUUCACUGUGGUCAUUACAUGAACAUGAUGAAAUCUUGCCAAUGCGUUUUACUUUGAUUUAUCACAAUGAAUCGUCACUGGAUCUAUUUGAUUUACCAGCAAAUAAUAGUGAACACUUAUAUAUUGCAAGUACCGAUGGAGAUUUUCGAAUGUUAGAUUUGUUCAAAAUCAAACCUAAAACGAAAGUACUAGCUUUAUCUACUGAUGAUACGGCACAACAAUCAAACGUUUUACAAAAUAAAAAAUUAGAUCAUCUAGUUUGUUUAUCUGAUGAUAUGAUUGCUAUAUCGACAAUUGAACAUAUGAACUUUUUUGAUCGAAAAAAUCUUUCGAUUAUUCUAAAAAAAAUUGAUCUUAAUGAAACACUAUUCAAUUGGCAUAUGAUUAAUCAAGAUGAUAAUAAUAAAAUAUUAAUCACUAUUGAUUCAAGUCAAACAUUUAUUAAAAUGUAUCGCCAAGAGAACAAUGAUCUAUCAACAUUGAAUCCAAUGAAAAUUAAUUUUCGUUCAAACGUUCAAUAUAUUCAAUUGAUUCAAACAACAACUAUCAUGGAUAACGAUGAAAAGAAACGAACCUAUAUUUUAAUUCUUCUUGGUGAUAAAACAAUACAAUUACUCGAUACAAAUCAAUUAUCACAAACAAGUUUACAACCCAAAGGAUUAUUUACUCGAAUUAAAAAUUAUAAUAUCAGUAAUACAUGUAUUAGUGCGUGUGAAUAUGAUUUAAAUUGUCCAUUAGUAAUGCAGUCUUCCAAUAAUCGAACGCUAACAUCUGAAUUAUUAUAUUCAUUUAAAAAUAUGAAUAUUGAACAUAUUACUAUGUUAAACAAUGGACAAUAUUAUGUUGUUGUUAACAGUGAAUAUAUUGUUUAUAUUUAUUCAUUACAUAAUCUUGAUCGUUCAAUUUUUGAAUAUAAUCUUAAAAUUAAAUCUCAAUCAAAAUUCUUUUCAUUUCAAACAUACGAUUCAAAUAUAAUUAUAUUUAUGUUUAUCAAUCAAUUUAUUGUUUUACAAUUAAAAUUCUAUGAUAUAGAAAAUAUAUUUCGAGUUCAAUGGGAACAAAUUUUGUCUAUUCCUAUUCGUGACGCAGAAUAUUCUCUUGAAUUUACACCCACUAAACGAUUUCUUAUUCUCAAACAAUCAUUAAAUCUUGAAAAUGAUCCUAAUCUUCAUGAUUUUCGUAUUUUUUCUUGUGAUAAUCAAUUUAAAAUCUCACCUUUUACAGAACCUAUUACAUAUAUUAAAUCAAAAAUAGUAUCUAAGGGUAAAAUUACUGCAUUUAUGAGUUGUGUAUCCUUGUAUACUCGGCCUGUACUCUGGUUAGCCUAUCAAGGUACAAUAUUGCAUGUUCGUCUGCCAUCGCAUUUAGCUGAACUUGAAAUACGUUCUGAUUAUCAUAGUUGGAUGCGUCAUUCUCUGGCAAUAUAUGGAAAAACCACAGAAAAAUCUAGUUUAUCAAUUACAAUAACAAGUUUAGCCGUAAAAUUACCAAAUGAUUCAUGUGUAGCAUCGGGUGCAACUGAUGGAUCGAUCAUUUUGUGGCAUUUGGCAGACAAAUGUGCUCAUGAUGUAUUGGACUCGAUUCAUAUGGACCAGAUAACUUGUCUUAAAUUCGAUAUUAAUACCAGUCGAUUAUUUUCAUCGUCACUCGAUCGUACAAUUGCUAUAUGGUCACCGAUUACCUUACUUCAUGUUCUUCAAGUACAUAUACCUAUUCAGAGGAUAGAUCUUUUUUCUAUUUCUAAUAUUCUUCUUGCUGGUGGUAAAUUCUGGGGAUUUGGUCGACUCAUGAUGUUCUAUGUUGGAAAUUAUUUGCAACAAUCACCAUCUAUACAACAGAACAGUACUAAAAAACAUUAUCAGAGCGUGCCAAGUGUGCAAGCAUCUGAAUUAGCAAGUUGGGCUUUCUAG